AUGUUCCAAUCGCAUUCCCCUCCGUUCGAAUUCCUUGAACCAUCUCCAGUUGGCGGCAUUCCUAUUCCUGUAUACCAACGUUUUUGUUCAAGACGUUCAAUGGUGCCACAUCCACUGACUAGACUAGUAUCGAACGAACAGGAACGGAACGAAAAGAGCUCAGAAGAAUGGAAGACGUCAACGAAGAAGGAGACGUUGGGAGCUUUAGAGCACGAAUUGGCCAAACUUCUCAACACUUCAACAGCUGAAGAAUUGGAGAAAAACCAGAAAGAGCUCUCAGGAUUUCGAAACUUGUUUGCUCGAUUUCUCCGGGCCAAAACUCAUGUCGAUUGGUCGAAGAUCGAACCACUACCAGACGGAACUAUUAGGACAUACAAGCACCUGGAACAUCCAAAUAAUGAUGAGUUGAUUGCGUCAAUGCUGAACAAAUUGGUAGUGGUGAAGCUUAACGGAGGUCUUGGUACAUCGAUGGGUUGUAAGGGACCGAAAUCGGUGAUCCCCGUGAGGAAUGAGUUGACAUUCCUCGAUUUAACGCUGCAACAGAUCCAGACGCUGAACAAAACAUUCGGCGUUGAUGUGCCAUUAGUGCUGAUGAACUCGUUCAACACCGAAGAAGACACUAAGAAAGUACUGAAAAAGUACGCGAAUGUGAAGGUUUCCGUGUACACCUUCUGCCAAUCGCAAUAUCCGCGUAUAAAUCGUGAAACCCUCAUGCCAAUCGCGAAAUCGUUAAAUGACGCCGACCAAGAGUGGUAG